ACUGUUCUAUUCUCUAACUUAAUAUAAAUCUCAAAAAGAUUAUAUAUAUAAUCGUUGGUGUAUAAAUUUUUCUAAAAAAGGGCAUGGCAUCGAUACUCGCAUCUCUCGAAGUAUUGUUGUCACUUUUCCGCGAUGCCGAUUGGUUCUCUCGUUGCGCUUACUUCGAGUUGCGAGAGUAAAGGCGCAAAUUCAUGGUGCGAAUAUUCAUUGCGAAUGGUAGGUCACGUGGGCAUUCGUAAUUCGUUGCGAAUAUUCGUUGUUCGCAGGAUUUUUCCUGCUUUUAACGAAUACUCGCAAAAAUUAAGAUUGGAUUGCUAUGAUAAUAAAUUUUUUAAUAUAAAACUUCUAAAAUUAAAUAUUAUAGUUAUAAUGGCGUCAAAUAGUUUUUCACAGCCACAGCUUUACAAAUGUGGUCUGUGCUUAGAAUAUAUACUUUUUGAAAACAUAUAUUUACAUAACUGUGUGCAAAACUUUACGCAAGUUUUUAUAACCGAAGAUAAUGUAACUUUCUUUCCUCAAACAGAAAAUAGAGAUUCCUUAAAUCAAAACUUGUCGAUGGAAGAAAUGCUUAUUGCAGCAGUUGAAGAAAGACCACCGUUGUGGAACUAUAAAGAUUGCCUUCCAAAAGAUCGAACCAAUGCUGCAAAGAAUAAAUUAUGGGAAGAAAUUGAAGAGAUCCUUAAUCCCAAUAAAGAAAACCCACAAUACACUGCUGCUUAUUUUAAAAAUAAGUGGAGAAAUUUAUUAGACACGUAUAGAGUGUAUUUAUCAAAAGAAAGAACACAAAGUGGACAAGCUGCUCACAAAAAAAACCAUGGAGAUUUAUGGACCAAAUGGGUUUUAUAAAAGAAAGUAUUGACCUCGGUAUAAAAACUAAGGAAAAGCAAUAUUAACCUUUAAAGAACACGGGUGGCGUAUAGAGUGCACCACGCGCUACAAUUUUUGGUCUUUGGGUAAUUUUUUUUAGAACAAUCAACAAUUUUCCAAGAACCAUGUCACACAGUUCUACCUGUAAUAAUUCAGAUUCAGAAAGUAAUAAUGAUACUAACAAUGUACAUGAAAAACGUGCAAAAAAUACAAAUACUGAUUAUAUCGAAAAAAUAGUAACAGCUCUUGAAAAGCCUAUUGCAGCACCUACAAUAAUACAACCGGAAAUACAAAUUCCUAAAAGAGAUGAAAUAAGUCAAUUUUGUUUAAUGAUGGAUGAAAAAUUAAGGAAACUUGAUUCCAAAACGGCUAAUACAGCAAUGUUUAAAUUGUAUGAACUGUUGUAUAAAAUUGAAAAUAAUAUAAAUUAAUAAUUAUUUUCAUUAUUUUAUUAUUAUUAUUUAACUGCAUGUACAUUGACUGUUUUUAAAUUAAAUGUUUAUUUUUACUAUGUAAAACUUGUA